UCUGUGUGAGAGAAAAGGGAACAACGGCAGAGUCUGAGAGGAACAAGGCGGCGAGACAGAGAAGCAAAGAGAGAGGCAGUGAAAACGGGAAGAGAGAAAGAGAGGACAAAAGAAGAAGAGGAAGAGAGAGAGCGCAGCUCGUAGCCCGAUAAGGUGCAUUUGCUGGUUUUGUAAUGUUGGAGCACUCGUCCGAGCUGGGCUUUGUGGUGGGGGGAGUGUGUGUCGAUGGCGUGUGCUGCCCCCCUCCUGCGGCUGCUGGUGCAGGAUCCGUGGGGACCGACGAGCUGCUGCUGAGUAACGGCACAGCCGGGAAGAUGAACGGGGCGCUGGAGCAUUCAGACCAGCCGGACCCGGACGCCAUCAAGAUGUUUGUGGGUCAGAUCCCGCGCUCCUGGUCAGAGAAGGAGCUGAAGGAGCUGUUUGAGCCGUACGGCGCCGUCUACCAGAUCAACAUACUCCGAGACCGCAGCCAGAACCCUCCACAGAGCAAAGGCUGCUGUUUUGUCACGUUUUACACAAGGAAAGCUGCCCUAGAAGCCCAGAAUGCACUGCAUAACAUAAAGACCUUAACAGGGAUGCACCACCCUAUUCAGAUGAAACCUGCAGAUAGUGAGAAAUCUAACGCGGUGGAAGACAGGAAGUUGUUCAUCGGCAUGGUGUCGAAGAAGUGCAACGAGAACGACAUCCGGGUCAUGUUCUCUGCGUUUGGCCAGAUCGAGGAGUGCCGGAUCCUCAGGGGGCCCGACGGACUGAGCAGAGGUGUGUGUCGCUCCGACUCACUUCCAUCCACACGAUGUGCGUUUGUCACGUUUUCCACCAGAGCUAUGGCACAGAAUGCAAUCAAAGCCAUGCACCAGUCUCAGACUAUGGAGGGCUGCUCGUCCCCCAUCGUGGUGAAGUUCGCCGACACGCAGAAGGACAAGGAGCAGCGGCGUCUGCAGCAGCAGCUGGCGCAGCAGAUGCAGCAGCUCAACAGCGCCACCACCUGGGGGAGCCUGACGGGCCUGGGCGGCCUCACCCCGCAGUAUCUGGCUGUAAGGAGAGCCGCCACGUCACCCACCAUCACCUCCUCCACCCCUUACUACAGCCCCAUGGCCAACGCCGCAGCAUUGCUCCAGCAGGCAACCUCCUCCAGUAACCUAGGAGCCUUCAGCGGGAUCCAGCAGAUGGCCGGUAUGAGUGCUCUGCAGUUGCAGAACCUGGCCACUUUAGCAGCGGCGGCGGCGGCGGCCCAAAACUCCGCCAGUCCCAACACCGCUAACCCCCUGUCCACCAACGCCGCCUCCCUGGGAGCGUUGGCCAGCCCAGCGGCGGGCACAACAGCCAGCUCCAACGCCAGCGCCAUGAACUCUCUGACCUCUCUGGGCACCCUGCAGGGCCUGGCAGGCGCAACCGUGGGCCUGAACAACAUUAAUGCACUAGCAGGUAGCGUCAACAGUAUGGCGGCUCUCAACGGAGGACUGGGCGGCGCAGGGCUCACCAACGGCACGGCAGGCACCAUGGACGCGCUGACGCAGGCUUACUCAGGGAUCCAGCAGUAUGCCGCCGCGGCGCUGCCCACCCUCUACAGCCAGUCCCUGCUGCAGCAGCAAGGGGCCGCCGGCAGCCAGAAAGAGGGUCCCGAGGGUGCCAACCUGUUCAUCUACCACCUGCCCCAGGAGUUUGGAGACCAGGACAUACUGCAGAUGUUCAUGCCUUUUGGAAAUGUGGUCUCUGCCAAAGUCUUCAUCGACAAACAGACAAACCUUAGCAAGUGCUUCGGCUUCGUCAGCUAUGACAAUCCCGUGUCGGCACAGGCAGCCAUCCAAGCCAUGAACGGCUUUCAGAUCGGCAUGAAGCGGCUGAAGGUGCAGCUGAAGCGCUCCAAGAACGACAGCAAACCGUACUGAUCUUAGCACUAGGGUCUAUCUGCUCCCCAUGUUAGCACUGCUAGGAACAACCCAUCUCCAUGCCUGUUAGCUCAUCGUUUGCCUAGCAUGUCUCCGUGGCGUCCAAACAGACAAAAAACUCUAAACAAACCCUCCCCCCCCCCACCCACCACCCAAAAAAAAAAAAAAA